AUGAGCAGCUCCGCGGCAGCUGCAGGGGUCGCUGCUCCAGGGGCGGCUGCUGCAGUGGCGGCUGCUCCAGUGGGGGCUGCUGAAGUGGCGGCUGCUCCAGGGGCGGCUGCUGCAGUGGCGGCUGCUCCAGGGGCGGCUCUUCCAGUGGCGGCUGCUCCAGGGGCGGCUCCUGCAGUGGCGGCUGCUCUAGGGGCGGCUGCUGCAGUGGCGGCUGCUCCAGGGGCGGCUGCUGCAGUGGCGGCUGCUCCAGGGGCGGCUACUCCAGUGGCGGCUGCUGCAGGGGCGGCUGCUCCAGUGGCGGCUGCUCCAGGGGCGGCUGCUGCAGUUGCGGCUGCUCCGAAGGCGGCUGCUCCAGGGGCGGCUGAUGCAGUGGCGGCUGCUGCUGGUGGGCGCCUCGGCGGCUCGGCUGCCCGCUAG